CGUGUUCUGUCCCACCAAUAAUUCAGUAUAAACUCAGCUAAACAAGUCUUCUGCAAGAAAUAAUUCUCCCAUCAAUAAUAGAAUCGAUCAAAGAAGACAGCUUUUGAAAUAUGGCAGCUUAUGCAGCUCUAGUUUCUCUUAUGAACACCAUCGCUAUGGAGCAGACCCCGCGAAAUCACCGUGGCCGUCUGAUCUCCAUCGAAAAGGGAGGAUUGAUCGAGGCUCUCCAAGAAAGGGCUGAUUUCUUGGUGGAAUUUCUCGAGAGUGGGAGUAAGGGAGCCGAGCAUUUGGAGGAGCGUAUUGUCGAUGCAGCCUAUGCAGCCGAAGAUGCCAUCGACUCCUACAUGAUGGAUCGCGUUCUUCCCAGCGACAAUUUUCAAGAAGAGAAUGGAUUGGCAAUCUUAUACGAAGAUCUGCAAAAAAUAACACAAGAAAUGGAUUGUAUCAAGAAUGAGAUGAAGCAGAUUGAAGAGGAGAGUUCCGAGCAUGGUGGUUCAUCAAGUGCUCCUAACAGACAGAAGGGCGAAGCCGAAGAUCUGCAUCGCACCAUGUUUACGGCUUCAUCAAGUGCUCCACGCAACGAGACGAGCAAAAUGGUGGGAUUUGAGGAUGAAAGAGCUCGAGUCAUGGUCAUGCUUACAUCAUUCGAUUUGAAGCCUUCCCGGGCUGUAGUCCCUAUAGUUGGGAUGGGCGGGGCAGGUAAGACUACACUUGCGAGAAACAUCUUCGAUGAUCAGAUAAUUGUAGAACAUUUUGAUGUUCGUGCGUGGGUUACGGUGUCUCAAGAGUAUAAUGUCGAAGAAGUUCUUAAAGAAGUACUUUCGACUCUAAAAACCCAAGGGGAUGAUGAAAGUUUAGGAGAAAAAGUGCACAAGAGUUUGUUCGGUAGAAGAUAUUUAAUGGUGUUCGAUGAUAUAUGGAGUAUUGAUAUUUGGAAUCGUAUACAACGAUUCUUCCCGGAUUGUUGUGAUGGAAGUCGAAUUCUGGUGACUUCUAGGCUUUCUAAUGUUGCGGAAGAGCUAAGCACUAGUAGAGUUGAGAUGAAGUAUCUAGAUGCGGACAAUAGUUGGAAUUUACUUCGGCAAAAAGUAUUUGGCGAAAGUAGUUGUCCGGUUGAAUUAUUAGAUGUUGGAAAGAAGAUUGCUCGAAAUUGCCGAGGACUUCCUCUAGCUAUUGUUGUUGUUGGAGGGCUCCUCGCAAAGGGUGAUCAAACAAUAGAACAUUGGGCGCAUGUUGCCGAACAAUCUACCUCAGCCGCAUAUAUAGAUGACAGCGAACAUUGCUCAAAAAUACUUUCUUUGAGCUACAACCACUUGCCUGUUCAUCUCAAACCGUGUUUUCUUUACAUGGGAGUAUUUCCAGAAGACUACGAAAUUCGUGUGUCUAAACUCAUAAAUGUUUGGAUCGCAGAGGGAUUUAUGAAACCACGUAAUGGCUAUAUGCUAGAAGAAAUAGCUGAGCUUUGCUUGUUGGAUCUUAUCGAAAGGAAUCUUAUUAUACUUCGCGAAUGGGGAUCGACUGGGAACUUAAAGUUGUGCGCAAUCCAUGAUGUCUUGAGGGAACUCAGCUUGCGGGAAGCUCAAAAGGAGAGCUUCCUUUGUGUUGUAACAGCAAAUCGCUCUGACAACAUUCCAUCGAACAUGAAGCGUCAGCGUCGUAUUGCUCUUAGAGUAAACAAGAAAAAAUAUCCUCGGAAUAUCAAGUCCUUGCUAUCUACAUCACGUCCCCGCUCUCUCAUUGUAAGAAACUAUAAGGUAUUGUCGAAGAUUUUUAGAUCCGAUGCUUUUGUGUCCGUGCAUAGUGAACAAUUCGAGCUUUCGCUCAAGCUAAGAAAGAAGGUGGAUUUGUCAACAAUUUUGAGAUCCCAUAUGUUUGGAUUGUUGAGAACAAUCUUUGUGAUCGAUGACGAAUACAUGAAAUAUACGAGAAAGCAUACAUCUCCCUGGGAUAUUUUGUUAGCUCUUGUCAAUUUACGUUACCUUGAUUGUAUAGCUGAUCAAGGUAUCAAUGGAGGAUUGGCUUAUGUUAUGCAUCAAAUGAGGAAUCUAAAAAUUCUUAUUUUUAAGAGUUCUUGUAAUAAAAUAAAUGCGCCAUCCGUAAUUUGGAAUUUCCCUCAGCUUCAUCAUGUACAGAUUGCCAAAAUUUCUCCCCCAAUACAUCUGCACCGCGAAGAACAGAAACAACAUUGUUGUAUAGUCCUCAAAAACUUGAGAACGCUAAAGGGAUUGGUGGACUUCAAAUUCGACGAAGGUGUUGUGAAGAAAAUCCGCGAUCUAAAGAAAAUGAUUGUCACUUACAAUGCUCAAAAUGUGGAGUCAUCAUCUCAGUACAGUCUCCAUAAUCUUGGUCGUUUACAGAAGCUCGAAUCAUUCAAAUGCUCUUUCAAAGGAGCAAUGAAGAAUAUAAAUACUCUGUAUAAGAGUGUAUCCUUCCCGCAUUCCCUUACAAAGUUGUCUUUAUAUCGCUGCGGAUUUUGGGAUGAUGUUAGCGCGAUCGGUUCAUUACCAAAUCUCGAAGUUCUGAAGUUGAAAAAUUGUUACUUCCAUGGCGCCGAGUGGAAUCCUGUCGAGGGGGAAUUUAUCAGCUUGGACACCUUGUACAUGGAACUGGUUAAUAUAAAAAACUGGAAUGCCAACAGCACUCAUUUCCCGCGCCUCAAACUACUUGAGCUUUAUCGGUUAACAGAGUUGAAUGAAAUACCUCUCGACAUUGGAGAAAUCGCGACACUAAGGUUUUUAGGGGUGUGGCAUUGCUCCAAGUCAGCCAUUGUUUCGGCUCGGAACAUAUUAGAGGAGCAGGAGAGCCUCGGCAAUGAUGGGCUGGUCGUUAGAAUUGCUGGUUACGGCCUAUAAUCUCCAAAAUAUAGCAUUGCACGCUGAGCUGUUGUUGCGAUAUAUAUCGCUCUGUGAGUGUGGUUUCGAAUAACUCGCACUUAUUGUCUAGUUGGUAAUUAGCUUAUAUAUGUGUGCCCGCGUGCAUAGUAUGUAUCCUUGUUGAAGCUUAUUUCAGCUUGUGUUUGCCUUUUCUUGAGUGAUUAUUAGUUGUGCUUUAUGUAUCUAUGUUGAUAUAUUUUGAAUCUAGUUUGCCACUUCAUUGAGUUUUCACGGGCUAAGCCCGUCUGAUGUUAUUGAGCUGAGCUCGUCUGAUGUAUUCUCUUAAUAGACUUAGAGAUAUGAAAUAUGUAAUCUGUAACGUAGCCGUCCUCAAUAAAUAUAUUCUCUAUUUCUGCCAAUGGACGUAGCCAAUAUGUUGUUAGUGAACCACGUAAAUAUGUAUCUUCUUUAAAUUUUGUUUGUUAUUCGAUUAUUAAUCUUAAUCCGUUACAACAAUCUAUAAGGUUAGAUGGAUUCAGAUUUGAAGGUAGAAUUUGAACUAUCUUGGUUUUGAAAUACUUUAGGAUUUUAAAUUUAUUGUUUGGCAUAUAGAAAUAUUUAGAAUAACUUAGUACUAUUAAAUAGUUGCUUAAAUUUUGAAAGGGUUGGAUUCAAAAUAUAUUGUAUUGUCAAAUUAUUUUAGUCGAAGAAUAGAUCUUACAGACACUAGUCGUAUUUGUUUCCAAACUCUUACUUUUUAUGAUGUAUCUUUGACGCGGCCGUCCAAGCUCAGAAACACGAUUAUUGAAGAUGGAUGUGCUAGACAUUACAAUUCCUUUUUAUCCGACUCAAAGGUCACCCAACCGAGUCAUCCCGAGGCCAGGAUCACAAGAGUCGGGACUUCAAGACUAAGACAACAAAUAAUUAUAGAAGAAUCUCAAAGUUACCUAAUUAUAUAUUACCUUUUAUUAUAAGUUUUCAUAUAGUAUUAUUUCAUAUCUAGAACUUUCGUUAUUAUUUGUUUCCUUAUAGUUAGACUUACCUUUUAUUUGUUUCCUUUUAUUUUCCUCAAGGAUCUCCAAGGUCUUUGUCUAUCAUUGUAAUAGGAAGAGUGAAUUUUGAAUGAAAUUUCUCUAUUGUUCCGUCUCAAUAUUUGU